CCAGAGUGUUGAAACUGCUGAUUAUCUGUAAUCAUUUCACAGGGUUUCCAUUUAUUCUUCAUUCACCAAACAUGUAAAGCACUGUGUCUAGCAGUUUUGUUGGGGAGUAAGCAGGCAUAAUUCAAAAAUGAGGAAAACAGUGUUUCUCUCCUUAAGGAGCUUAAAAAAUUUGGUUGGGGGUAUGAGUAGCCAAAUGGUUCUUUGGUACCAUUUAGAGAGAUUAUAAGGAUUGGGAAGAAGGCUAUAAGGCUGCAGCAAUGAAGAUAAAAAGGAAAGAGCAAAUAGGAGAGACACUCAGGAGGUAAAAUUAAUAGGACUCAAUGGAUGAUGGAAUGAGAAGAACGAAGUAGAGGCUAACAUCCACUUUGCUUGAGCAAGUGAGUAUGUUGGGACAUUCCUUCCUCUAAGCCAGAUUGGGGGAAGGGAGACCAUAGAAGGAAGGUGGUGAAUUUUGUGAAGAAAGACCAUUAGGCUUUUAUAGAUUGAGUUUUGAGGUUCCCAGGUUUCCAGUAAAUAUUUAUAUUUUGGUGCUCAGGGAAGACUCCAAAACUGUAGUUAUAGAUAAGAGAUUCAUAAUCAUAGAGAUGGUAGUUAAAGCCAUAGGAAUGAACAGGAUGGCUUAGGAAAGAGUAGGGCAAGAGAAGCCUAGUGUACAACUCUAGGAAACGAGAUCAGGAAAUGGAACCUAAGAUGACUGUCAGAUCACUCAUAGAUAGCUUGUAUGGUUUUGAUUGAUUUAAUGGGGUGGGAGAAUAGUGAGGAGAGUGGAAUAGGAUUCAACAGCGACAUGAUUAACAGCAGGAAAACUGCGGUGAAGGGGGGAUAUUAUUUUCUACUUAUUUUACCAUCCUUCACUCCAUCUUCUCUGGGAUCUUGUAACUAUAUGGUCAUUCUCCAGUUUUUCUUGAAAAUGAGCAUUGGAAAACCUAACUUAAAUCAGGCUAAGACUGAGACUUCCAAGUCGUUCACAGUCACCACCACCACUACCUCCACCUUCAGCUUCCUCCUAUCCUCAGGAGAUACUUGUGAAACAAUAAAAUAAACAAACCUAAUUUUGUUCCUAUCCAGUGUCCUAGAUCGUAUUCCAGUGUACUUGGUAGCACUUAGCAGCUUGCUCUGUUUUCUCCUAUGACUUGUUUUCCCCAGAGCCUACGAACUCCUAGCCACAGAAACUACUACUCAUUUUUCUCUCAGGGCCAUCCAUAGUGUAUAUCAGGAGGGGUCAGUAUUUAUGACUAGGAUUGAAAUGAGCUAGAAAUCUGUGGUUCUUGAGUACAGAGGGGAGACUCAAGAAGUGAUACUGAGUCUGCAGGAUGGACUCAGCAUUCCUCAAUCUUCAGGUAAGCAGAAACUUUGAACCAGAUUGUCAUCACCUUUUCUCACUCACUCCAGCCUUGAGGGUCUAAGAUUUUGUGCCUUAAGUUCUUGGUGCACUUAUCAAGCAUGUAAGUUCAGCAUUCCUCCCUGGUACUCCUAGAGCAUUGGUUAUUUCUGUGUACUGGGAGAAGAUGGCACAGGGAAGGAUUCUGGCACAGUGCCCAAUGAGAAAUUUCAGUGGCAGCUAGAAUGUACAAAAGCGGGCCUCGCAUUCCUCUGGAGGCCAAGUGUUGUGGAUGUCAAAUUGCAGUGCUAACCUGUGGCUACCCCUGCCAGAUUCUCUUGGAAGCAAGCCAGCCAAAACCAUGCUUUUCUGCAGCAUGGAGUAGUGAGGUUGGUUGGAGUUGAAGAGCAAAUUGGAACAUGUAGGAAAUUUUUCCCAGUUGAAACAAGACUUAAACUUAAGACCAUUAAUGAAGUAGAAAGUGUUUAGCAGAGCAAAUGGGAAGAUGAUCAUUAUACCACAUUUUCACCAUAAAUUUCAUUGCCAUAAACGAUUGAUGUUAAAAAAAAUUUCAGGAUUUGGCUGAUGGUUGCUACUCAGGUGUUGCUAGCACCCGUGGAUAUCCCUUUUCAGGAGUGGUUGAGCAGCCUUUCCUCUGUUCUUUCAGUUGGCAGAAUAUACUGUAGCACUUUUUUGUCACUACAGUCAAGUGCCUUUAAGAUAGAAUGAGGUGGUAUAUUCAUUGGGUAUCACUUGGCUUAACAGACCCCAGAAUCAUGAAGUAGGUUUGGCAGCUAAAGGAAAGGGUUUUAUAGUGCAAAAAGAAGAAUAUUUUCAAGUUCUGAGUCUGGGGCAUCCUCAGACUACUGGCUCUACUGCUUGAAUGUGACGUAGCUUUGAAUUGGAAAAUCAGCUCUGUUUUCAAUCCUAGCUUUCAAGGUAUUUAUUCCUUUGGCUAUAAGCUGAGGAAACCUCGCAGGCUCAGAAGGUGCACAGAGCAUGGCAGAAGCACUCUUAAAGCAGCAAUGUCAAGAAGGGGGAAAAGUGGACUUGCUGAGGAUGAGGUGCAUUUCGAAGCUCUCCAUUUGAAGUACCAUAACUACCUUCCCAGGAUACCAGAUCAAGACUUUUAGGCUACCGUGGCUUACCCUGCAGGAACCCACUGUCCUCUUAUUCUGGACCAUAUCAGCUUCACCACUAUCCUCUUGGCAGUGUCUUUUUGGGACAGAAAUUUUGAGGAACCUUUCUAGGAACCUUCCUCACCUUCUAUAGGCAAGGAACUUUCCUUAUAAAAAAGGCAGGUUUGGGGGUUGUUGAAUGGAGGUGAAUUGGAAAAGGAAUAGGAAGUGGGUACUUUGAAGUACUUGGUCAGGUGUUUUGUACAGUAUCCUUUUAUAAUUUGGUUGCAUCUUCCACAGCAUUCACAUGAAGCAAUUUAUCCGUUACUUUCAACUACACGUAACAAAACCUGAUUGGUUUAAAUAAGGAAACAUGACAAGAAAUGCUGAUUUAUGUGGCUCUAAGGUUGGAUAAUUCAAUGGCUCAGUAAUAAUACCAACAUAACAGAUUCUUGCUCUGCUAUCCUUUGUGUUAUCUUAUCCUCAUGCUUGUUCACCUCAGAAAACCAAGACUGCUUGUGUAACUCCAGGAAGGAAAUGCUGACAGAACAAAGUCUAGCAGAAGAGGGACUAAUUCUUCCCAGUGUUUCAUUUUAAAGAAAGGAAAUCCCUGGAAGCCCCAACAGAUCUGGCCUAAUGUCUCAUUUGCUAGAAAUGGGUCAUCUUGCCACUAUUGUGUCAUUGGCAAAGCAAAUGAGAUCAUCCAUCAUGAGUGGCUUAGAUUAAUUACAAGUUAUCUUAUGAAUCAUGUGAAUUAAAAAGACAAGUUAUGUUUGCUAGGCAAGAAGGGAUAAGGCAUCCAGAUAGGAUGUUGGUUAGGCAUCCAGCAGUGUGUUGUGUGUAGGUGAUCUGUUUUUACAGAAGAGGAAUGUGAUGUUCAGAGAGGGUGACUAGCAAAAGCCUUCAGUGUCAGUUCUGACUGUCCCUAAAGCCAAUAUGUUUUAUAUUGUGUUCUGCUGCAAUACAGAGUAACUUACUUUGUGCUGUGUAAAAACUGCUUGUCUAGAAGAGAUUCCAAGUGUCAAGCCCAUCCAAGAGGAAAGGAUGCUAUCCAGUUCUUUGCUCCUUCAGUGAUUUUUUUUUUUUCCCUAGCAACUUUCAGAGGGCAUUGAUUUCUUUGCCCCCAAGAUUUCUGUACUAUUUUAUAGCUCUUCCUCUGAGAGCAGCCAGUACCACAAGGGAUGAGGGCAGAGUUAUCAUUCUUGAAGCUCACUUAUUUAUCUCUUUGUCCACCUGCCCAACAAAUAUUUAUGGGAGGCUGCUAUGUACCAGGCACUGGCACUGUUCUAGGCACUGGAGUGAUGAUAAUUAGGAUACACAAAAACCUGCACUCUGCCCUUAAGAGACUCAUUUGGGAAUAAGGAUAGCCAGAACUAGGAAAUGCAUGUGGUUGGGAGAGCCUCAUACAACUUGGCUUUUGGCAGAAUCAUUCACACUUUUUUGCCUUCCUACAUCCUGAUGUUACAGUUCAUGAGCUUUUCCUAUGAACUCACAUGUGAGGUCCCUAGAUACGAGUAGAUGGGAAAGCAUUAUUGACAUUUAUUACAUUGGACUGAAUUAGAAGGUCCAGAUCCUGUUACAUCCAUGUCAACAAAGAAUACAGUGGCCCACCUCCAGCAUUCAUCACCGUGUUUUUUCUAGGAGACACCCAAGAAACCUGCAGUCAUUUAGGGAGCCAGUUGUAGGGAUUUGAGGGUGUGAAAGGCUGUUGUAAAAGAGUUGGUAUUCAUCCCUGUUAAAUGUUGCUAAGGUCUUGGAUUGUGUAUAGUUUAGGAUUGAAAAUAACUUUUAGGAUACAGUGUUUCAUCUAGUGACAUCUGAUACUGAAAAAUUGAGGGAAUUUUCAGAAAAAGGGCUAAGGUUGAGAAGGAAGAAGUGAGGCAGAAUUGGAGUCAGAUGUGGGCUUGAAUCCUGUCCAUUUUCUGUUUGCUGUAUAGUAGAUGCAUCUAGUAAGUGCUUUGAAAUGACUAAUAAAUACCUUUACUAACAUGUAGGGAGGAUUUUCUCAGUGCUUCAUGCCCAUUCCCUAACUUCACAACUGAGGACACUGAAGCCCAGAGGCUCAAGUGACUGAUCUGAAGCCCCAUAGUGAUUGGAAAAGUACUAAAGAUAUGAUGAAAGUGAAAGUUGCUCAGUCCUGUCUGACUCUGCGACCCCAUAGCCUAUCCAGUCCGUGGAAUUCUCCAGGCCAGACUACUGGAAUGGGUAGCCUUUCCCUUCUCCAGGAUAUUUUUUUUCCUUUUUCUCUUUGUCCCAGGGUUUAAAACAAAAAAAUGUAUUUUGAUUAUUAACAUUCUAAACGUUGCUGAUACUAGGGACAGGGAAAAAUCAUUCAUCAUUUCUCAGCCUGAAUGAAAUAGUUAUCAUUUCUGUAAGUCAACAAACACUAAUGGGCUACACAAUAGCAAACAGAACUUGCAGACUGGAAGAGGGUUUGUUAAGGAAAUACUGUAAUAGUAUACAGGAAUGCCUCACCAUAGGUCCAGGAAAGGCAUCAGCGAUUGGCGGGCACAGGGGAUGGGGUGAGUGUGAGAAAGGAGAGGGCUCCUGGUCAAGAAAAUCCAAGUGUAAUAGAAAACCGCUUUGCCCAGUGCCGGGCAAGCAGACCGCUGUAGCUGUAGCAUAAUGAUGAGGAAGAGUCUCGCUUGAAGGGAAAGGCAAGGACCUCCCUUUACGCCUCUAGCUUGGCCCCGGAAUGGAGUUUUGGCGUUAGAGUGACCAGGCGUUAUUAAAGAGUUUUUAACAUGGAAAUUAUUCGAUCUGACGUUUUUGUCAAGUCAUCUUUUCCCAAGUUAGAUUGCACGAGAAAUAUUCUCCCCAGAAAUUGUCAAAACAACUCUACAAAUUUGGAGUGAUAAACCGUGAUGGUCACUCGACCGCCUGCAGGAGAGGAGGCACGUAGGGUGGUCCCAACUGGGCGUGGCCCGGAGGGCCUCCAGAAGAAAGGGGGAACUUUCCCAAGACAAGAUCAGUCUGGGGCCCUCACAGCUCCUGCACCUCAGACCAGCCAAACUCCGAAGAGGCUCUCGUCCAGGUCAGCGAGGCUGCCCUCCACGACUGCGCCUCGCGCCGGCACGGCCCCGCACCAGGGUGGCGGGAGGAGUCCAACCCCUCGGGGUUGUCUCCGGCCGGCACGGCCGGGUCCCGUUCGCUGUCCCGGGUCGCAACCCGUCGCGCUCGCAGCAGACUCCGCCCAGGCUCGGCGCCCGCGGCGCGACGCCUCCCCUGCGUCCACCGCGCCGGCCGCGCCCGCACCGACGUCGCGCCCGAACGGUCAGGGCGGAGAGGCGAGGCCUGGACGUCUGGCGAGCCCGGGCGGCGGAACUGACGCCAGCGGGCUUCCGGGGGUGGCCCCCGGGGAGGUCGGCGGCGGCGCCGCAGUCGUGGAGGGGCAGUGGGAGCGUAAGCGGCCGUGGGCGACGCAAGUUCCGCACAGAGCUCUGCCUUCUCGCCUCACGCUUCUUCCUCUCUCCUAGUCGCGUGCUGCCUCCCGACGGCCGCUCUUCCUGACCAGAGCUUUCGGAGUGCGGUGGCUGAGGAGAAGCCGUCACCACCCCGCCUCGGGGCCGAGUCAGGGUUCCAGUCGCGCCGCGUCGCCCCCUGCGCCGCCUCCUUGCCCUCAGUGGCGGGCGCCCUUCUCACUCGAAGCACUCCCCCCAGCUCCAUGAAUGGAAAUCGGCUCCGCAGGUAGUUGUGAAGAUACAUUAAGAUAACAGAUGAGAAUUGAGUUUGAAAUAGAUGUUAGUGCAACGUCAAAUGCAAGAUGGCAUUUCUUCCAUCCCUGAGUUCUCGUCUGAUGUUCGUGGCAGCUUGGUAUGCAGUUCCUGAGGAUCUUGGAAAUGUCAUAUCAGCCUGGAUCACUGCUUAUGUGAGGAGGACCCGUUGGGGCCCAGCCCCUACUCAUGGUGCCCAGAAGACCUGGCUAUGGCACCAUGGGCAAACCCAUUAAAUUGCUGGCUAACUGUUUUCAAGUUGAAAUUCCAAAGAUUGAUGUCUACCUCUAUGAGGUAGAUAUUAAACCAGACAAGUGUCCUAGGAGAGUGAACAGGGAGGUGGUUGACUCAAUGGUUCAGCAUUUUAAAGUGACUAUAUUUGGGGACCGUAGACCAGUUUAUGAUGGAAAAAGAAGCCUUUACACAGCCAAUCCACUUCCUGUGGCAACUACAGGGGUGGAUUUAGAUGUUACUUUACCUGGAGAAGGUGGAAAAGAUCGACCUUUCAAAGUGUCAAUCAAAUUUGUCUCUCGGGUGAGUUGGCACCUACUCCAUGAAGUACUGACAGGACGGACCUUGCCCGAACCACUGGAAUUAGACAAGCCUAUCAGCACUAACCCUGUCCAUGCCGUUGACGUGGUGCUACGACAUCUGCCCUCCAUGAAAUAUACACCUGUGGGGCGUUCCUUUUUCUCAGCUCCGGAAGGAUACGACCACCCUCUGGGAGGGGGCAGGGAAGUUUGGUUUGGAUUUCAUCAGUCUGUUCGGCCUGCCAUGUGGAAAAUGAUGCUUAAUAUUGAUGUUUCUGCCACUGCCUUCUACAAAGCACAACCUGUAAUUCAGUUCAUGUGUGAAGUUCUUGAUAUUCAUAAUAUUGAUGAGCAGCCAAGACCUCUGACUGAUUCUCAUCGGGUAAAAUUCACCAAAGAGAUAAAAGGUCUGAAGGUUGAAGUGACUCAUUGUGGAACAAUGAGACGGAAAUACCGUGUUUGUAAUGUAACAAGAAGGCCUGCCAGUCAUCAAACCUUUCCUUUACAGUUAGAAAAUGGCCAAACUGUGGAGAGAACAGUAGCACAGUAUUUCAGAGAAAAGUACACUCUUCAGCUGAAGUACCCACACCUUCCCUGUCUGCAAGUGGGGCAGGAACAGAAACAUACCUACCUGCCACUAGAAGUCUGUAAUAUUGUGGCAGGGCAACGAUGUAUCAAGAAGCUAACGGACAAUCAAACCUCCACUAUGAUCAAAGCCACAGCAAGAUCUGCACCAGAUAGACAAGAGGAAAUUAGCAGAUUGGUAAGAAGUGCAAAUUAUGAAACAGAUCCAUUUGUUCAAGAGUUUCAAUUUAAAGUUCGAGAUGAAAUGGCUCAUGUAACCGGACGCGUACUUCCAGCACCUAUGCUCCAAUAUGGAGGCCGGAACCGGACUGUAGCAACACCAAGCCACGGAGUAUGGGACAUGCGAGGGAAACAGUUCCACACAGGAGUUGAAAUCAAAAUGUGGGCUAUAGCUUGUUUUGCCACACAGAGGCAGUGUAGAGAAGAAAUAUUGAAGGGUUUCACGGACCAGCUGCGGAAGAUUUCCAAGGACGCAGGGAUGCCCAUCCAGGGCCAGCCUUGCUUCUGCAAAUAUGCACAGGGGGCAGACAGCGUGGAGCCCAUGUUCCGGCAUCUCAAGAACACCUACUCAGGGCUGCAGCUCAUUAUCGUCAUCCUGCCCGGGAAGACGCCUGUGUAUGGUAAAGAUACCGUAUUAAGAUUGCAUUUUUCCUCAGCGGAGGUGAAACGUGUCGGAGAUACACUUUUGGGUAUGGCUACACAAUGUGUUCAAGUCAAGAAUGUAAUAAAAACAUCCCCUCAGACUCUCUCAAACCUGUGCCUGAAGAUAAAUGUUAAACUUGGAGGGAUCAAUAAUAUUCUUGUACCUCAUCAAAGACCUUCUGUGUUCCAGCAACCAGUGAUCUUUUUGGGAGCAGAUGUCACUCAUCCGCCAGCUGGUGAUGGGAAGAAACCUUCUAUUGCUGCUGUUGUAGGUAGUAUGGAUGCCCACCCAAGCAGAUACUGUGCUACUGUAAGAGUUCAGAGACCCCGACAGGAGAUCAUCCAGGACCUCGCCUCCAUGGUCCGAGAACUUCUCAUUCAGUUUUAUAAGUCAACUCGGUUCAAGCCUACUCGUAUCAUCUUCUAUCGGGAUGGUGUUUCAGAGGGGCAGUUCAGGCAGGUAUUAUAUUAUGAACUCCUAGCAAUUCGAGAAGCCUGCAUCAGUUUGGAGAAAGACUAUCAACCUGGAAUAACCUACAUUGUAGUUCAGAAGAGACACCACACUCGACUGUUUUGUGCUGAUAGAACUGAAAGGGUCGGAAGAAGUGGCAACAUCCCAGCUGGAACGACGGUGGACACAGACAUUACCCACCCGUAUGAGUUUGAUUUUUACCUCUGUAGUCAUGCUGGGAUACAGGGUACCAGCCGACCUUCACACUAUCAUGUUUUAUGGGAUGAUAACUGCUUUACUGCAGAUGAACUUCAGCUGCUAACUUACCAGCUCUGCCACACUUACGUGCGCUGUACACGCUCUGUUUCUAUACCUGCACCAGCGUAUUAUGCUCACCUGGUGGCGUUUAGAGCCAGAUAUCAUCUCGUGGACAAAGAACAUGACAGUGCUGAAGGAAGUCACGUUUCAGGACAGAGCAAUGGACGAGAUCCACAAGCUCUUGCCAAGGCUGUACAGAUUCACCAAGAUACCUUACGCACAAUGUACUUUGCUUAAAAAGUCUAAGAAUAUUCUCUGAGAGGAAGAACUGGAAGAUGAAUCGACAUACAACUUAUGUUUCCAGUGGAGUCAGCUGGGUGAGGAUGCCUCCAGCCAUACAGAAACCAACACUGUGUGGGGGCCAGGGUCUGAUUUUAUGUUGAUACAGGAAGAUUGUUUACUUCAUCAAGGAACACAGCACCAUUAUGCAAUAUGAAACCAGCCAACUGCUUUUUUGUGCGGUCUCCUGUAGGAAGUAUCGCGGUUGUUUUGUUUUCACUUUCUUGUAGUCUAACCCUUUUAAUGCCUUUACCUCAAGUUGCUUGGCAGCACAACUCUUUGCAAAAAAAAAAAAAAAAGUAAAGAAAAAGUAAAUGAAGGUUUUUUUUUUAAAAAACUACACCUAUAUGAAUAAUCAAAGUGAUUGUUCACAAUGAUGUGUGCAAAAAAAUUAAUGUGCAUUCAUGUAUUCUUGUAAAAGUUAUCUGUAUAUUUUACAUAUAUACAUGCAUACUGCAUAUGCAUAUAUAUCUGGAUCUACACUGAUAGUAGAUAUAUAUGUAUCCCUGUAUAUAUUUUAUAGUUCAUUCCGUGGGGGAUCCGUCUUUCCCUUUUAUUAUUCUCCCACUGCCACUUUCAUUUUUCUCUCUACCUCCCUCGCUUCAUCACCUACAUUUUUUUUCCCUGAUGCUACCAGUGACAUUCAAAUAUUCAUGUAUCUGGUUCAUUUGAAUAUGAAGCAUGGCCAAUUAGAUUUUUAUUUUGCACACCCUACUCCUAUCUCUUGUCUCAUACACAAUUUUGAGUCCUCAACUCUUGGUAUUGCUUUCCUAAGAAACAAAAUUAUUUUAUAUAUACAUAUAUAUAUAAAAUAUGGUUUUGUGAGAGUGAAUGUCUGCCCCCUCCAGCCCUCAACUUACAUUUGCCGUUUGUGCAAUGUGUACAUAAGCAGUAGCACCUAAACCAUUCUUUUUCUUUAGUGAAUUUGUUCAAGCUGCUAUUAAAAAAAAAAAAAACUUGUCAAAAGUUGUAACUCUCUCUAUAACUGAUGCUACUAUUCUAAAGUCUUCUGUUUCUAUGUGUCAUACAUGGAAAUCCCUUAAAGCUUUUAUAAAGGGUAAAUGUUUUACAUGAUUGGAAUCGUGUAGGGUUGAGGUCUCUGAAAUUGGGUAGAGAGAAGGGUUGUUGAGAUUUCUUUUAAUUUUUUUUUGCUAGUUUACUUGCUGCCUCUCAUACCUUAAUGUGAUUUUCAUAUAUAUAUUUUUAUAUAUAUGUGUUGUAUAUAUAAACAUAUAUGUAUGUGUUUUGAAGUAUAGCUUCCUUUUCUUUUAUAUUUAUUAGAAUAGUGCUUUAAUAAUUAUAGAAUCGUAUUGGCAACAUCUUUUAUAGAAAUAUAAUCAUGUUUAUUUUAAGAACUGACAAUAUGUUUUUGCUCUCUUUUAGUGCAAUAAGCAGUUUUAAAAAGAAAGCUGUGUCUGUUUUACAUCUUUACCACAAAUCAUGGGAGAAACAGGCACCUCUGUAAUUUUAAAAGGGCAAAGUAAUACAGCCUUAAUUUCAGAAGGAAAGUUUUAUAAUUUUCAAGUUUAAAUCAUGUCUUAUAAAAAUCAUUAUGAAAAUGAAGGAAGUUAAAUUUCCUAAAUGAGUCUUGACCUUGAAUAUUAGAAAUAAAGUUGAAGAACUUUGAUUUAAUUAAUGACAAUGACUAGCUUAAGAUAUAGAAGACAUUUAAAUUUUUGAAAAGAGCUCGUGUUUAUUGAAGAAUCAUACUGGUAAGCUGCCAGUUUUCAUUUACUAAAAUGUGUCAGGAAAAUAUAAAAUGAUAUUUUUAAAACUUUAUUUGCUAAUUCAUCACUAGUGUAACUUUCCUUUUAAAAUUAGGGAGAUGGUGACAAAGAAAGUUAGGACUUUGAUCAUUUGAAAUGAGUUAAAUCACUGAAAUGUUGAAAAACUUUUUUGCAGAACUUUUGUUUUUAUUAACUUCACUUUAAGAUAGUAAAAAAUACUAUAAAGCUGUCAAAACCGAGUUUAUCAGUAACCUUGGAUUCAAGGGAGCUUUGCACUUUGUAACUCAUGAAAAUUGCAUUUAAAUUUUUUUUUUUUUUUGCACUGGUUCAGAGUGUAGAUAUUACAGAUUGUUUCCAGUGGGCAUUGUUGUUAACCUUUCAGAAUUCCAUCUGCACAUGAAAACAAAUGGAUUAGCUCUUUAGUUUCUCUCUUACCUGUUAUCCAUGUAAUGCCAAUUUACUGUAUUUUGAGCCUAAAAUCUGAGCCCAUGUCCUCCAACAGGUAUGAAAUCUUUUGUCCCCCUGCCAGAAAAUUAAGAAAGUACUGUAUUUUGUAUGUUUAUUAUAUUGAAGUUGCUGAGAUGCAAUUUACAACACUGUUUCAAAGCUCUUUACAUAAGGUAAUGUUUGUGUAGUAUAUACAUUUUUCUCCCAACCGCCUCUCCUCCUCCAAAAAAUGUCUAUAAAGGUUGUAUUUUUUUUUUUUACAUUGAAGUUUCACUGAAUAUAAUCCAGAACAUAGACAGGAGAAGGAAAUAGUGUAUCUUAGAUGGUAAAAACCUGAUGGCGUAUGUUUGCUCAGUAUGAGUAAAGCAUCUUCCUUUAUCAGUGGGAGUUUCACAGAUGCAUGUGGGAGACUUUAGGGCCUAGGGAAGAACUGUAGAUAAUUUCCCCCUGUUUACCUGCUUUACCUAAUUUCAGUCACCUAAUCUCACAUGUGCUAAAGUAAAGCCCACAAUUUAAAUCUAUUUAGAAGGACUUUUACAGAGGAAAAAAAAAUUUUUUUAACAUAAAGCUUUACCUUUGAAAUGAGUUCUUUAUAAAGGGUGCUUUUAGAGUUUCAACAUUGCUAGUUUAAAGUUGGUUAACUUGAAAGAAUAUGUAUAGUAUAUUUCUAUUUUGCUUACUAACAAAUUGGUGUAUCAAACUUAAUUAUAAGAAACUUUGUGCUUAGAAUUUUAAGAUAAAAGACUAAAUGGCACAUAUUUUUUGAAAUUUGUUUUAAUUGUUAUUGUACUUUCGGUGUAGAAUCACUGAUCUUUUUUAUUUAAAAAAAGGAGGAAAAAAAGAUUGUUUUGAGUUUAAAUGGUCAUGAAACUCAACAGUGACCUUUCUGUUCCUGCCCUUGCUCACUAACUAUACAUACAGUGAAUGCUAAAUUUCUCUGCUGUUUUCUGUGAUAUAGGAGUGACUUUAAAAUGUCAGUCCCAGCAAUUGGUAUAAUAGAUUUUCAUGUGAAGAAGAAUUGGGAGCUUAAUGUAUAUUCUGGAUGGCAAAUAUGUAAAGUGCUGAUACAUGUUUUAUAUUACAGUAUCAAGUUAAUGGCAUUGAGGACCAUGCAUUUAUAAUACUGUAGCUGCUAUAUUUAUUUAAUGAAGUAGAGUCUGACAGUUACUGCACUAAACAGUAAGGAGAUGAGCAGGAUUCAAGGCUGGUGUUAAACUUUUUUUUUUUUUUUUCCUAAAUAAGAUUUAAGAACAUGAAAUAUCAAGAUAACAAAGGGUGCUGCCAAUUUAGGUUCAAUUUAAUGUCAGGAUACUCUUUCUUUGUUUUAGAAAUGUGGAUUUUUACUUUUAAGAGUUUUGAAAAAGGGUACCUCAGCCUCCUUAGUACUGGUUUUUGGCUUAUUUUCACAGACAUACAGAUGCCCUUUAUUUUUUUCUUAAUAUUUACCUUUUAACACAUUUCUCAGAAAAAGUAUUUGUCUAUGAAAAUCUUCCUGGUUAUAACCUAUUAAUUUAUUUAUCUUCCUUGAAAAGGGUCUAGGUGGGAUUCUAGUAGGAGUAUACUGGGUGUUUUAGAAGGCACUUGAUAAAGAUUCAUCUCUUCCUUCUAGCAUGGAGACUCCUAGCCUUCUAAACACCUAUAUUAGUUUUCCAAACUAUAAUAGUAUAAUAGGUUCUCUAAUGACCCACCACUGCCUAAAGUUUACUUACAUAUUCUCUAAUGGAUUUUAGUAUGACAGACCUCAUGACAGGCUUAGUCAUGACAGACUUAAGCUAUGUCUAGGAGAAUAAAAGCUGAGUUGCCGUUCCUUAGAAAUGAUUGGCAGAGGAUCUCAAUGUUUAAGGAAAAGGUGAACACUCAGAAUGCCAGUAAUAAAUCUGAAGGAUCUAUUUCUGAUGAAUUAUAGACUAGGAAUUAGAGACUCUUAUCCAAGAAAUUUUGUGGGUAUUUGAUUCAGAGGCCAAUAUGAAUUUACCACAGGUAGUGAUUUUUAUGAAAUUCAUGAAGCUAGCCACUCGGAUGCAGCUAGAAUAUUUUGUAGUCUUGCUAUUAAAAUUUGAUAGUGAUGUUUUUCCAAGAGGCUUAACUGACAGGUCUGCGUAAAUUUUAUUCAGUAUCAUUUAACCUGGUUUAAAUAGUUAUUUUAAUUCAUCCUCUUAGAUGUUUUCCUGUUGAAUACUUUUUAAAGACAAGUUGCCACUAACAGUAACUUGCUACUUAAAUUCUUUUGUGAGUUAUCCAGUCAAGCUGUAAAAAGACACCAUUGGACUGGUAUCUUUAUUUUGGCUUUUUUAAUCCUUUUCAUUCUUUUUGAGAAUUCAUGGAUAUCCUAAAGCUUCAAUAACAAUACUUGCGAGACUUUAUACCAAGUGAGACCUUUGUGAGUGGCAGUAUAACCCUGACUCUAGAGUCUGUCUGUAUUUUCCUUUUCUCCUCUCAUUUGAUCAUAUAAAGCACUUUGUGAUUCUAUAGGAGUCGAAAAGCAAAGAAUAAUGUGUAAAAUCAGUACAUAGAUGGGAAAGUGAGAAUUUUCUCCAAAAAAAUCAUUAAAAAAAAUUCCUACAUAUACUAAGAACAUUUGUGAUCAGUGGCAAUACUAGAAAUUAUACUGUGAUUAGUGAAACCUAAGCUGACUCACAGGAAGAAAAAUUCAGUCUCUCUCUCUCUCUAUAUAUAUAUAUAUAGCCUCAAAGGGAAAAAUAUUUUUUACUUUUUCCUGCUUUUAAAAGUGGUACAUUUCAGUUUAUAGCUUUCCAUGUUGAUCAAAAUAAUUUCUUUUAACUGAGAUACAGUGGUCAAAGCUUGUGCUAAUAUUAUCCACUACUAGUUGAAUUUUAUUCUUCUUUACCCAUCAAAGAUAGUGUGCUAUAUUUUUACAUUGUUGUAAGAAUAUUUUGCUCUUGAAGUAUAGAAAGUAAAGAUUUUAAUUUGAAUUAAAGAUAGAAGGUUAAUAAAUUUCAUAUUGAGGGUUGAGAUUUACCAAUGAGAAGCCCUCUUGAAGUAUCAGGUAGCCAACAGAAUGACAAAAUUAAGAUGCUAUCGAAUCAUCCAUCCAGCCAUUGGUCUCACUUCCUUUCUGAAAUCAAUAUCUGAGGUAACCAAACUCUAAUGCUGUAUCUAUGUUAGGGUAUCAUUAAAGCAAAGAUGUUCUUCAGGGUAGAUGCUGAAUUAAAUUUUUAAAUCAUUUUUUAAAGCAAGGCGGUUCUUAGAAAGUGCCUUUUCAGAAGAUGGUGCUGUAGACUUUUAUUUUUCAAAUAGCAUGAGGCUAAAAAUUUAAAAGAUAAAUUAUUUUAGAACUCCAAGAGUAUGACCGUUUCAUAUAAAUAAUGUUACUUGUUGUCCUGAAUCUGGUCCAAGGGAACCAAAUAUAGCUUUUAUUCAAGUUAAGUAUCUAAGUAAAUGCUCACCAAAUGUAUUUUGUAGGUUUAAAAACACAGUUUUUAACAGAAGUAACCCUUUCAGUUCUCAGCUGUGUUGAAGGUAAUAUGGCACAUAAAACAGCGAGUUUGCUGAACUUUUUAGCAAGGGUACGAGUAUGGUAGUAAACCCCCAAAGUCAAUGGUAACUUGCCAGAAAUUAUGUGAUAGGCUACCCUCUCCCCCUCCAGCAUAUUGACCCUUUUGUAAAUAUCUAUUGGUGGCCUUUUCUAAUUACUCUUUACUAAAGAAGACUGCAUAGAAAGAUAGAGCCAACUCACCAAGGAAAUAGGAAAAGUAAAAUGGUUAUUUCUCUGUCUUUAGGGAAUCUUUUCUCUUUCAGGCAGCAAGAUAUAUUCUAAAUGUCUCCCUCUUUUUUUCUAGCAUAGAUGAAAAAGGAUGACAGUGCAUCUGUACGAUUGGUUAAUUAGAAAUAGAAAUAGAACAUGUCAAAAUUAGGCUUUGGAGGAAAUAAGUAAAAGGAAGGAUAAUAGUAGAAUUAUUCCUACUGGUUGGAAAUUUAGUAAUCUAUCAGGAAGCAACUUUCCCCUGAACUAGAAGUAGUAAACAGCAGUAAAUGAUCACCUAACCAGUUCUUGCUUGUGAACUUGGUGAGCACUCUUCCAGAAAAGAAUAAACUUAAAAAACAGACAAAAGAACACCACACCUCAGUAACCUUGUAUGCUGCAUUAUGUAAUAAUGAUAGUGAAAUUAUAUUGAUUGUUUGGAGUGUACUAUGUCUGUCUGCAAAUACACAUGCACAGUAAACUUUUUCAUUUUUAUAAUGUCAUAAUAGCAAUUAUGGGUUUAUUUUUUUAAUAUUAAUUUUUCUAUUGUGAUGUUUGUAUUUAUUGACAAUUUGUGUGCAACUUUUAUAUUUUGCUUAGAUAUUGGUUUUAAGGUAUUUUAUUUUUAUAGAUAUUUCUAGCUUUUCCUCUUUCUUUGUAAUAUCAGCUAAGAUAAGAUGGAAUGUUAACAUACCAACCAAACUACUAAUUCCAUAAACUCUAGAGUUUGGAUUUUUACCAAUAAACCAUUAACACUAUUUUCUAACUUAGAAUAUUUAAUGUUGUUUAUAUAGUGGGCAUUAAAAAAGACAGUCUUUAGACAGAUUUCUAAAUGUGGAGGGGAAGUGGAACUUUCCUAUAAGUUAGAUUUCCUCCCCUUAAGUAUCUAACUAACAGACUGGAUUGAUUUCACCUGAUCUGCGGAUUGGUGCCAGCUUGUUACACUUCUUUUUCUAACUUCAGCUACAGUUGAAACUGCUUAAAUGGUUACAUCAUUCAGCAUUAGGAUUAUGAUACCAUUUUUAUAGACCUGGAAAACAGCAAAUGAUCCAGAAGUCAGUGACAAUUGACUUUGAAAUGGGGUGCCCCUCCCCUGCCAUAAUUAUAUGGAAGACUUGCUACCCUGAAUUUUUUCCUACUGUGCUUUUAAAAUUGUUUUAACCCUACCAUACUUUUAAAGUUGUUUCACAGAGUUUAAGUAGCUAAACUUAAGAUAAAGACUGAUUAAUACUGUAUUUCAGCUAAUUAAACAUUUAAGUAAUAAUUAUGAAUUUGAAUUAAUUGGAGGACAGUUAAAAGUAUCAUUAUAUAAUAUUAAUUUCAAGUGUAAUAUAGUCACUUUAGUUUCCUAGUGAAUCAGUUCAGUUCAGUCGCUCAGUCGUGUCCAACUCUUGGUGACCCCAUGGACGAAGAGAUCAAGAUUAUUUGUAUUGACAUUAACUUUUUAUAAAAGUACAUGAAAAAAGUGAAUUCUCUUAAACAGGUAAAACAUUUCCAUUGUAUUUUUACACAGUGAAUUUUCAUGGUAAGCCAAUUUUUUUCUGUAAGAGAUUAAAAGAUAAACUUGAUCCCACCCUCUGAGCUUUAAAUUCUAAUUUAUCAGGGUUUAAUGUAUGACAUUUUGCCAUACUAUAUUCUUUCACUGAGAGGGGUAAAUGAGAAAGUUUCAAGUAAUUAUAAUCGGAAAAAUAUUAUUUUUAUAUUGUGUGAAACAACAGUUUAAAAUGAAUCAGCGUGUGAUUUCAUAUAGAUAUUAGUUAUAUCACUUUUCCCCCACAUUUUUGCCAGUUUCAGUGGGUUUUUAAAUAUUCAUAAUACACUAAGCUACUUCCUUUACCCUGAUAUCAAGUAGUAAUUGAAGGUUGGUAUCCGGGAGUUGGUGAUGGGCAGGGAGGCCUGGCGUGCUGCGGUUCAUGGGGUCGCAAAGAGUCGCACACGACAGAGCGACUGAACUGAUUCUGAUUAUAGGAAUUUGUUGAUACUAAAAAACUAAAUAUAUUUUGAGCAGUCAGAUACAUUUUUGUUGCAAGUAUACGCUCUCCUCUUAAGGAUAUUUAUUGUCAUAAUUUUAAUAGUUUUAUUCAUUAUGCUUCAACAUUGCCCUAGACUGUCAGGCAUAUAAUUCUUGUAGGCCAAUAUUUUUAAGGCAGCUUUAAGCAGAAGUCCUCCUUUGUUUUCUUUUUUUCCUUCCAAAAGCUCUUAGGAACCUGACAUGUAGAGCUUAUUUCGCUCUUUAUGGUUGGCUCCAUAAAUCAGGGUACCCAGAGUCAGUGCUGAAUUACCAUGCUGAAGUACUGGGUGACGGGCUCAAGCUUACAGUCACCUCUUAGAGCUGUCAUGAAUAGUCUUAUGUGAGUAGGAAACAGAUAGGAAUAUUGAUCAUUAGAAUUUUGCUUUUUUGUGUGAUGUUUUAUUUCUAAAAAUUGAUUAUCUGCAAAUCUACAAUGUUAUGUUUUAAGUUUAAAAGGCUGUGCCAGAGACUAGAGAGGGAGAUUACUCUGGUAUUUAGUGCCUAAAACUUUCCAGCUUUAUUUACUUCAUGGCUUUAGUUGGAAGGACAAACAAAAAUCCUUUAAUUUGGCCCUUUAUUUUUAGAACCAAAGAAGGGAGAACUUUUCUACAAAAAAUGUUGCAGGUGUGAUAGGAGAUCUUUGUAAAGAAAUGGACUAGUGGGUUUGUAAGAGUAUGUAGUAAGGGGGGAAAUGAGGAAAAAGAAAAGGUUUCUUUGCUGGAAUCCUUUUGGACAGAAACCUUAAAUUGUUUGAUACUUACCUAUUUCUCAUAGUCACAUUGUAAAAGAGGAACUCUUGUGAUUUGAACCUAAGAAAGUGUCACUGUAAACUAACUGUAUUUUAAGUUGUUUGUUGUCCCAGAUCUAAAGGUACAUCUGUCUUCAUUAGAGACGUUGCUUCUGAAUUGUAAUUUUAAAAUGAAGUAUUUUUCUUAAAUAGAGCCACGACAUUGCUAUCAACAAAGCUUCUCCAGCUUUUCCCUUUAUAUAGAAAACACAAAACAGAACCUUCCCAGACAAGGUUGUCUUUCCUGUUAAAAAAAAAUAUUUUUUGAUAAAAGAUUUGGGGAAAACACUGGUAGGCUGUGAUGAAGAAGGAAUUUUGCCUAACAUAGACAGUCCAGCCAGGUUAAUGGAUACAGUUUGAUCCCAGGGAGUUUAACAAGAGGAACCUUUGGUAGCAAGUAAACAUUUGGUUUUGGUAGCAACAGGCUUGGAUCUCUGGUGGUAAUUAACUGCGAAUAUCUCCCUGUUUCAUAGAAAGGGAAUGAUCUCAUAGUGUUGAUGAUGAUCCUGCAUGUGCUGUUUUUCUAAUUCAGAAAUCAGGUCUAGCAAGCACUAACCAAAAUCUAAUACUUUGUUCCCAUAAGAUUCUUAAAAAGUUUCCCAGGAGCUUUCUCAUUUCUUAGCCCAGAGUACAGCCAUUCUCCUCUUUAAAAAAGAAAGAGUAAGGAUUUAGAGGCAGUUUAUAUAGAAUUCUGCCUUGAGUAAGUGUCUUUAAAAUACUUUGGAAAGAAAGAUCACAUACCACAAGUUAUGGUUUGAUUGAGAGACUCUCUGAAUGCUGUGUUCAUGUUUGGGUUCUGAAGUUUUUUCUUUGACACGCCAUUCUUUGAUCUGCUUGAGUGCCAUCAUUCUGUUCUGGGGUGCUGUCAGUGUUGUAUGCCAUUUAUGAAGCGUGCGGUUCUUCUCCUCCUCCCCCCUUACAGACGCACACACACACACACACACACACAAUUAAAAGGGGGAGGGAUACAAGAAAAAAGAUAGUAAGAAUCAUUAGAAUGUAACUUUAGUUAAUAAUGAUAGAGAGAAAUCCUAACUUGGUUAAAUGAGAAAUAAGAUUGAAAGUGUUAGUCCUGCAGCUAUUCUCUGUCCAUAAAGGUUUUUGCUACCUGUAGAGUGAUAAUGUGUACAGAAUAUGUAUCUGAAAUAGGAUGUUAUAGCAAAGUAAUAGAGAAAAUUAUUCUUGAAAGUAACAAUUCAGUUUUUUGCAACAGUGAUGCCCAUAUUCUUAAGGAAAAUUAAUGUAGCUUCUAGUUUUAAUGAAUCAGACUCUGAUUUAAACAUCAGAAGAUUUGUAACUGAUUCUGAUAUGUCACCUUAAGUAUAUAAAAAUUAUAUUAAAUGAAUACUUAAGACUAUUAUGUCCUUAAUUUACAUAUUAUUUCAGACCUUAGUUCUGUAGAUAUAUCUCUCACCUGUACGCCUCUUAGUGUGUGCAAAGUUCCAUAUUAAAAUUUUUUUUAAUUCAUUUUGUAGUCAAACCUGAACUAUAAAGGAGCAAGCAAAAUCAGUUUCAAACACCAGAACUUUUAGAAGAUUGCAGCUGGAAAAGGCGAUUGGGAGCUUGUUGCCUUUGAGGGUGGUCAAAGUGUUGGUCGCUCAGUCAGGUCCGACUCUGCAGCCCCAUGGACUGUAGCCCCCCAGCCUCCUCUGUCCAUGGAAUUCUCCAGGCGAGAAUACUGGAGUGGGUAGCCAUUCCCUUCCCCAGGGGAUCUUAAAGGCCUCUAAAACUUGAGCUAAGACCUGGAGUUUAGUCAGCUCUACCACUAAUUUGCUCUGUGUCCUUAAGGCAGCUUCCUUCAUCUCUUCGUGUCUAGGCUCUUGUAAAAUGGUAUUAUAACACCUGCCCUCUUCUAAGACCAGGAUGGUUGUGACAGUGCUCGAGUUCUCCAGAAGAAAAGCGACUCAGAGGCUCAGGAUGAAAGAAUACUGUUGCAUGAAGUGUUCAUUUCCAGUUUGCCCCUGUGAAAGUAUCUUUAGUUACCACCCUGGAUCAUUUUAUCAAGCAAAUGUAAGAGAAACGGAGGCUUUAUCAUGGUAUGGCGUUCGCCUACAAACGUAUCCUGUUCCAUUUCUCCCUUGCUAGCUAUCACACAGGUUGAAUUUUUCUUUAUAAUCAUUUUUGGAAAAAGUGCAACUCCAAAAACCAAACUCCUUUUAGUGGUGCUAUGGCAGCUGUGAUUGUAUUUCAAGUUAGAUUAAUGUGAUGAAACCAUCAGAUAAUCAAAACUUAACUAACUUUGCCUUUUGCCUUCAGGCAUUUUUGCUGUGGAUUGGCAUCAGAGGCUGUUGCACAACCAGAUAAUUAUCCAUUUGUUAUCCCUUUGUUUCUUGCAGAUCUUUUUGUACCUUUUUUUGGAGUACGGGGUUAGGUUUUAAGAAGGAAAGUGUGCUUCUUUCACUUAACACUUCACAGAGUUGACCUUGCUUUCCAAUCACCAUGCACCUGUAAAAAAUCAUAUUAAAAGGGUUUUUUUCUUCAUUUAAAUUCAGUUCGGAGCAUCUGCAGGUGAUUUUAGGCAGCCUGUUGGUGUCUGACCCAGUUAUCUUUAUGGAUUGUGGGCAGAACCUUACAUUUUUACAGACUUACCCACUCUCCUGGGGGUAAGGGGCUCCUGUUUCUAGGAAAAAAACAAAGGGCACAUCACCACAGGUUGUAUAAGCAAUUCCUUUGCUUGUUUGUUUUGUUAAGAAAUAAAGGAUGCAUUUGAGGUACACAGGGUAUGAAUGCAUUCAACAUUUAUUUUUUAUUUCUAUAGAUGAUCUCCCCUUCUUGCAGGCAGUUUGAGCUUUUAGCUCAUCACUAACGUGGGUGAUAUCUGCCUUAGUUUUAUAGGAUAAAGUUGGGGAGGUUCAUGCUUGGAAAAUGAACAAAAAAAACUCCACCUUGCUGGGUGAGAUAGCUGAGAACAUUGGAUAUUUCAGGAAUACUUUUAAACAGUUUUUGCUAUAAUGUGUAGCUUUAAUAUCUGUCUUCAGUUAUAAACCCAUGAAAGUAUUACUGUAUCUUGUGAAUAAAGAUCAUUCUUGUGGACUAUAUGGAUGCAUUCAUAGGCUGUGGGAAGCAGUGGCGUGUGUGUGUCCGUGUGUGUGUAAAUAUUCUGUGUUUAUAACACUGUGUAUUACAUAAGUUUAUAUAGAAAAAAUGUGUUUCUUUAAUGUUUUGGGGGACUAAAAUUGUAAUAUAACCAUUCCAGUGUAAUCUGACCACUCACUCUAGAGAACAUUUAUACUACACACAGAUACACACCCCUAAAGCGUGGCUAACUGCUCCCACUUUAGAUAAUUGCUGCUUUUUUUAAAACCCAAAAUAAUGGAGGAGGAAAUAGCACUCUUUUUAAAGGGGCUUUUCUGAAAAGUAAAAUGUAAAUAUAGGACAUGUGGGGAGGGUGGGGCCUUCUGCAGAUGUCCUGCAGGUGGACAAAUAGCCUUUUAAAUUUUACUUUUUAACCAUCUUAACCGUGUGUGCCUAUUUGUACUGCAGAUGUGAAAUAUUUGGGGGGGUUAAUAUCAGUAUGUUUUGAAACUGAAUUAUUACAUAAAAUCAGAGUAACCUCUUUCUCCAUCCUCCUUUUCCACACUGACUAUUCUUGCCAAAUAUUUCUACCGAAACCAAUUUUCAGCAUGGUAAAACGAUGGACACUCAAACCUCCUUCUUCAUCUUCCCUAUCCUGUCUUACACCUGGUCUGGCCUUAUAUUUUUUUGUUGGCUUUUCAUAAGUAAGAACAAUUUACUGUAGUUUAGAGACUGCAGAAUUUCAAAAUGUUUAUCUAUAAGCCUUCCUUUGUUAAUGUUCGGUUACAGUCAUAUUAGUUAAAACAGUGGAGUCAGUGGAGUGAGUCUGAGUUCUUAAUAUGCUGUAAGGUAAAAUUUUGACUGAUAUUAAACUUGACGGCUGCAUACUAUUAAGAGGAAAUUGGAUUACAUGGUGGGUGGGAGCUAAUCUAUGGUAUAUAUGUAAUCACUGUAUAAUUAGAAACACCAAAUGUUGAGUCCUAUCACUGUGUACUUGGGGGCCAGGCUUUGGAUAUGGUUUUCAUUUUAAUUCCUUGAAGACUGUAUGUCAUUAAGACGAGCAGAAGGCAAAUAAAGUUUUUAAGCAAAAAUGCUUUGGGGGGGUAUUUAAAUUAUGUUCCCCCAAAAAAUCUUUACUACAAAAAACCUAGGGUUGAGAUUGAGACGCUUCAAGCCGCUUUUUAAGCAGUUCAGUCACUUACAAUAUUUUAUGUUAAAGAAAUUGUCAUAAUUCUUUCUGAGCCAAACUGUCACUAAAGUGUCCUGUGACAGAACCACUCCUUUUUUCUGCCAUUCUGUGUAUUGGAAGAGUUCUAUGUUGUAUUUGUUUUUAAUCCUUGAUUUUAAAAUAUUAAUGGUUUUAGUGUUGCUUAGCAUCAGUUUGAAGUGUAACUUUCACUAAUAACUGCAAUAAAAAGAAAAGCUUUGCUCCAAA